UAGAUAAAAUAGGUAAGAACUAGAGUAUUUGCGGAUGCCUCGUGGUAUUCCGCUUUGGUCACAUCUUUCCCGAAUACCAAAAAAUACCAGCCAAAAAUCGCAAACGCCUUUUCCUCGGUCGUUCCAAUCAAAAUUCUCAAUUAAAACAUCAAAAAAAUAGAAUUCAGGCAGCCAGAGAGCUAUAAUGAGUUUGAGUCCCGACCCAAAUCAGCACAGUUUACAUGUAGAGCACCUCAACCGCGUCGCAGACGGCGACCAGGGCCACAAGCUGGCGAAUGGUCAUGCCAUGGGCGACCCAAGGAGCAGCCGGUGCCACGACAAACUCUUCAGCGGAUCGCUCAAGUCGCUGGCCAGGAAGGAGGAGUCAGAAGGGAGCAGUGGCGGUGAAAACCAGGACAACAAAGCCAGGGGCUCGGGCACAGGACUCGUUGGCCUGCAGAAUAUCGCCAACACAUGCUACAUGAACUCGGCGCUGCAGGCGCUCAGCAAUUUGCCGCCCAUGACGCACUACUUCAUCAACUGCAGCGACCUGGUGGAGUACAUUGCCGAGCAGAGCGCCCGCCGCUGCAAGCCGGGCGGCCUGGCCAAGAGCUACCGCCGCCUGAUGCAGGACAUCUGGCAGGAUGUCGAAGAUCCCAAAGAUUUCAUUGCCCCGCGUGGCAUUCUGUAUGGCAUUCGCACGGUGCAUCCCAUGUUCCGGGGCUUUCAGCAGCACGACACCCAGGAGUUCCUGCGCUGCUUCAUGGACCAGCUGCACGAGGAGCUCACGGAGCAGGUUUCCCGCCUGCCGCAGGCUCAAAACCAGGCGCAGUCACAUCAGCAGGCUAGCGAAACGGAUGACGACAACGAGGAUGAGACGGCACCGGUGUCCCUGACGCCGGCGGCUUCCGAGAGCGAGUACGACACCUGCGAGAGCAGCAUGUCGGAGCGAUCGGGGGAGGUUCUCCUAAAGACCGAGUACUUUGUGACGCCCUGCCGGACAAACAGUUCAGACGCUCAUCCGGUGCACCAGCAGCAGCAUCCACAGCUGCAGCAGCAUCAGCAGAAAAAUGCGGAACAGAAACCCGUGGAGGCAGCUCGCUCUAUAAUAAGCGACGUGUUCGAUGGGAAGCUGCUGUCCUCUGUGCAGUGCCUGACCUGCGAUCGCGUGUCCACGCGCGAGGAAACAUUCCAGGACCUCUCGCUGCCCAUUCCCAACCGCGAUUUCCUCAACGUCCUGCAUCAGACGCACAGCCUCAGCGUGCAGAGCCUGAAUGCCGCCGAAACGUCCGCGAGGAGCAACGAGGGCUGGCUGGCCUGGAUGUGGAACAUGCUGCGCUCCUGGAUCUACGGACCCUCGGUGACGCUCUACGACUGCAUGGCCAGUUUCUUCAGCGCUGACGAGCUGAAGGGCGACAAUAUGUACAGCUGCGAGCGCUGCCAGAAACUCCGCACGGGCAUCAAGUACUCCCGUGUCCUCACUCUCCCCGAGGUUUUGUGCAUCCACCUGAAGCGCUUUCGCCACGAUCUUUCCUACAGCUCGAAGAUCUCCUCCGACGUUUACUUUCCCCUUGAGGGCUUCGAUAUGCGGCCCUACGUCCACAAGGACUGCAAGAGCGAGGUGCCCAUUUAUAACCUGUCGUCGGUGAUUUGCCACCACGGAACGGUGGGUGGUGGCCAUUACACUUGCUAUGCCCGCAAUGCGUUGAACGGCAAGUGGUACGAGUUCGACGACCAGUUUGUGACGGAGGUCUCCCCGGAAGUGGUUCAAACCUGCCAGGCGUACGUACUCUUCUACCAGAAGCACAACCCCCAGAUGAAACUGGUGCGGGAUGAGGCGAUGACCUUGUCUACUAGCCAUCCUUUGUGCGACUCGGACAUUCAGUUUUAUGUCACCCGCGAGUGGCUCUCCAGGCUGGCCACCUUCUCGGAACCGGGGCCCAUUAACAACCAGGAGAUGCUCUGCCCCCACGGCGGAAUUCUACAUUCCAAGGCGGACAUGAUCAGCCAGAUUGCGGUGCCCAUUUCCCAGCCGCUGUGGGACUAUCUCUAUCGCACUUUCGGCGGUGGCCCAGCUGUGAAUAUAAUCUUCGAGUGCGAAAUAUGCAAGCGGGCAGCGGAAACUCUAUCCCGUCGUCAGCUGUACGAACUCAACGAGUUCACCAAGUACAAUGGGCUGCAAAACGAGUUCGAUUCAACGGCCAUCUAUGCCAUCGCCAUGCCCUGGCUUCGCUCGUGGCAGCAAUUCUCGCGGGGAAAGACCCACAAGGAUCCGGGACCGAUUGCCAACGAGGGCAUCGCUGCUCCCACCGAGAAUAGUUCGCUAAAUGGCACAGCCACCGUGAGCUGCGUGCGUUUGGGCUCCGAUUACGCCCAAUUGAAUGCCCGCCUGUGGCGCUUCCUGCAUAAUAUCUAUGGCGGUGGACCGGAAAUUAUGCUGCGGCAGGCUCUCUCGGAUGACGAUGAUGCCGAGGAGAUAGAAAUCAUCGAUCAGGACGAUGAGUGCGACGAUGAGGAGGUGGAUCAGGAGGAAGAGGAAGUGGCGACAGCCAACUAUCACCACAAUCAUUCCGAUACCGAAAGCAAUUUGGGCCGCCGCACUACGCCCAGUCCGAGUCCAAGUCUCAGUCCCAGCAGUCCAAGUCUAACAACCAAGCGGCAAUCGGUGGAGGCGGAGUCAGAUCUGCGGCCAAAUAGUCCAAAGUCCAAGCGCAGCAGGUCCAAGAUGAAGGUCUCCGCCCUGCGUUUGAAUAUGCGGAAGCGAGGCAAGCGCAAUCGCAGUGCUUUUAAGCAGCACGCCGAGAUGUUUGGAGCCAAAGGAAACUAUAAUGCCCACACCAAUACCGAUUCCCCAGAGUCCGAAAAUCUGAAUGGAGAAAAGGAUGCGGACAAGGACAAGGACCGAACUGUUGCAUUUCCCAGCGAAUACAGCUUACCCAUUUCGAUACCAUUCCAAAGCGACAAUUUCCAGGUAAACGGUGUGCACGAAAAGUCUCGCGAGAAGGGCAAACUGCGGAACAGCUCCAGAAACGGCAGCACCGCUACCUCCGCCAAGGAGAAGGUCACGCUGCAGAAGUUCGUGACCCUGCGCGAGGCCAAUGGGCCGAGUGACGAGACUGAUAUUUGAUCGACGGCUUUAGAGGAUCGAGAAGGAGAAGGAGCUGCCCUUGGCCAGAGUCGCAAAACGCCGCCGCCUAAACGCAGGCCAAAAUCCAAGUUUAGGCGCAAGCGAAAGCGUCAGUAGUUUUAUACCUCAGUCUUUUUGUCGAGGUGGAGGCUAUAUAAAUUAUGUAAAAACUGUAUUUAUAAAUUAAUCGUAUUGCUAUCCCCUACCCGGCGCCCUACCAGUCAUGUUAUCCCUGCUCCUGGCCAAGGGUCAUAUUGUAUAUAGUGUGUGGGAGUGCUUUAAUUGGUGUAACGAUAGAGAAUAAAUCGUAUAAAUCUUGGUCAAA